CGACUUUUAGAUCUCGACCGCCAUCAUCAAUCGCGGACGUCUCGCAUCGGUGACGAGAGCGGGAAAGAGAUCGAAACGAAAUGUCUCAGCAGCUAUGGCAGAGAAUUGCUAAGCGCUCUGCUCUCAGGCCAUGGCAAAGCAAUCAAGUUUUGCACGGACCGAACCGUGAAUCAUUCAUUGUUAAAAGGGUGCUCAGCUCGAGCAGCUCGCAGAAGGGUGGCUACGCUGCGGACGCAGGCCAGACCCUAGUCCAGCAACGCCUUCGGCGCCCCGUGUCACCUCACCUGUCCAUAUAUGGCUUCCAAGUUAACUACAUCGGCUCCGGACUCAACCGCAUCACAGGUGUCCUUCUUAGCGGAGGCUUCUACCUCACCUUCAUGGGCUACGCGCUCGGCAUGCCCCUUUCUUCCUCGGCAAUGGCUGCUUCCGUGGCUGCCUGGCCAGUUGCAGCAAAGGUUUUGACGAAGGUAUUGAUCGCGUUUCCAUUCACUUAUCACUCGCUUGCGGGUGUCAGGCAUUUGUAUUUGGAUUUUGCUCUUGGCUUUGCAAACAAGCAGUACAUCAAAAGCAUGUGGGCUGUCUUCGCUGUGAGCGGGCUUAGUGCGCUCUAUUUCGCUUUCGGGUACUAGAUCUUUCAAGAAACUACGGUUCCGAAGGUACUCUGAGGCGGUUCCGGCUACAAUAGGACAUGGUGAAUCAGCCUCCUAUUUUGAGGCUGCUCUACAUCGGGUAUACCUGAGGUCAUAGCCGGCAUCAGCAUCAUUGUAUAUACAAGAAUGUGUCAUUAAUUAUAUCUUGCAUUCCAUAUCUUACGCUUAAGUCUGCACACAUCAAGAUAAAUCAGUACAUAUAACUGAAAUCGGUAGAAAAUAUUGCUGUAUUUUACCGAGACAUAGCGUUUCCG